AAUAAAAAAUGUUCCCGCUCCUCCUUCCCUCCCAAUAUUUGGAUCUGCAACCACACAUUCCUUCUCCCCAAUUCCAAUCAGUCUUCUUUCUAGUUGAUCCAUUUCCCCACUUCUCGUUUCCCACCUAAUUUGUUGCUUCUCAUUUCCCUAAUAACAGUGAACUGGGGUAAAUUGAAACUCGUGGAUCUGAUAUAACUUUAAUGGCGAUUGUGUGGUCGUUGUUACAAAAAUAGAGAGGGUGAACGAUGAACGACAGGGACAGAGAAACGAGGGAAAAUUGGAAGUGACCGAUGAAGAACGUACGAAUCGUUGUUGUGUUCCGCAAUGGCUUUUACAGUCAGCGCUCUAUUUUUUAAUCCAGAAACUUGUUUGUUUUGGAAACUUGGAGUAUGAUAUUUAUAUUAAAAAUGAAGGAUAAAAAUGAAGGAUACCGAGGUAGUGACGAACAAUACAAGUAAGUUAUUGACAAACUUGCUUCUUUCAAGUAAGCAAUUCGUGAGUUGAUGUUCAAUUGCUAUGUUUUUAAUUGUAACAUCUGUUUUAAGACCUCCCGUAACGGGGCGUUUUUUUUAAAAAAAUUUGCAAAAAAACGCUUUAUAACGCCGGAACCCCCAUUACAUGGGGCGUUUCCGGGCGUUUUUUUUUAAAAAAAAUGUUGUUGGCGUGGUUUUAAAAACGCUGCGAAUUGGAAAGAGGCCAAAAAUUCGACCGUUGGCAACGGUCAAAAACUUAUUUUUUUUUUUUUUAAUUCUAAAUUUUACCCACUAUAUAUAUAUCAUUCCAUUUUCUCCAAUUUUUUAUAAAAUUUCUACUACUUUCUCACCCACUCUCUUCUAUUACUUUAUAAAAAAACCUCCACUUUCUCCUAUUUUUUUACAAACAUGCAUCCAUACCGACCCCCGUUUGGUGGCCCCGCAAGACCCACGAACCCGAACACAACCCAACCGCAAACCCCGUACAACCUACAAGACAUGGACCCGAGCUUUUUAAGUUACGCGGCUUACUUGAGUGGCGCCCCUCCUUUUGUUCCUCCCACCUACGGCUUUGGUCAAGCCGGCGGGUCGCAACCGUCACAACCCGAACCCGAAUCCGAACCCGAUGUCGAGGUCGUGCCGGAGUCGCAACCCGAACCGGUGCAAGACAAAUCGAAACGCGGCAGAAGGUCGCAUAAAAAGAAGGAAAAGGAUGAGCCUCGACGUGCAAAAACAACCAUUAAAUGGACGAAGGACGAGGAAUACACGUUGAGUCGGGCGUGGCUCGAUAUUUCGGAGGACGAAGAUACCGCAAACUUUCAAACGGGCCCCGUUUUUUGGGAUAGGGUGCGUGCACUCUUUUAUAGCUCGUGGGGUCAAGGCGAACAUCGGGACAAGGAUUCAAUUUCUAGCAAAUGGACCGACAUCAACAACAAAUGUCACGCGUUUCAAGAAGUUUACCAACGAAACUACGAUAAUCGCCCGAGCGGUGAAAGUGACGUCGGGGUUUUAACAAAGACUUUGGAGGAGUUCGAUAGGACGAAAAGCCCUUUCACGUACUAUAAGUGUUGGGAGCUACUACGAAAAAGUCCAAAGUGGGCGCUUGUUAAUCCAAUGACGACAAGUAGUAGACGCCGGGCUAAAAGGUCAAAAACAUCAUCCUCCGCCGACCCGUCAACUCCGACAUCCGAUGCCCGUAAUGUUGAUUUAAAUGAAACGUUGGACGUUGACGAGCAAUUUCAAGACGAGUUGGCCCGACCCACCGGUAGAAGAAAGGGAACCGGGAAAAAAACGGUCGAGUCGUCUUCCGAUCUCGGCCUAAAGGAUGAUUUCGAGGAGAUGAACCGUCGUCUCCAAGAUAUUCACGACCUCGGCCACAAACGUUGGGAGAUUAUGAAAGACCGAGUAGUUGAAACCAAAAAGUUCAACGAGUUGCAAGAGGCGCGACAAAUGGAAAAGGACAUUGAGUUUUUGUCCAAACCGAUCGACCACCUCCAAGGCGACGCGUUGAUCUUGGCUCAAAUGCGUCGCCAAAAAAUACGAGAAAAAUAUGGACUUUAGAUCAUCUAGUUUUUUUUUUUUUUUUCUGUUUUUUUUUUCUGUUUUUUUUUCGGUUUUUUUAAUUUUCUGUUUUUUUUUUGUAUUUUUUUUCAAGUAUUGUAAUUUAUAUUUUAAAUUAAUGAAGACUUUAUCUUUUAUAUUUUAAAAAAAAAUAAUUGUCAAAUGAUUGAGUGGGCAUUAUUGGGAUAAUGCCCCACUACACCUUUUUUUCUAUAAUGCCCAAAGUAUGACUAGGCGACACGUGGCGCAUAAUGCCCCAUGUUGGGGGCAUUAUUCUUGUUUACCAUUACGCAUGGUCUAAGAAUCAUUUUUACAAUAUUUUUUUUGUUGUGUUCA